UUCAAUAUAAUUAAUAUAAGUACAUCAUGUUAUUGAUUUUGAGUUAGACUAAUGAUACCGCAAUCUUGUGAACUAAUGACUCCAUACAAUUUUUUUCCCUACAAAACAAUCUUAUAUAAACCUCUUUUUUCUUCUAAUUUCUCAACAUUCAUAGUCAAAAAUCCAAAUUUUUACAAAUUCAAUAAUUAAGUACUUAUAGAACAACAUGGAACUUUUCUUUUGUUACUUCUUCCUAGGUUUUUUCCUCCUCGUCUUGCUCUUACUUCAAAUCCUUUUCUAUAAACAUCGAUCCCUUUUCUCCUCGACAAACCUUCCUCCAGGAAAGACGGGAUGGCCUCUUGUUGGUGAGACGCUAGAGUUCUUGUCCACUGGAUGGAAAGGCCAUCCUGAGAAAUUUGUAUUUGACCGUAUGGUCAAAUACUCCCAAGAAUGCUUUAAGACGAGCAUUCUUGGGGAGCCUGUGGCUUAUUUUUGCGGCCCAACGGGUAACAAGUUCUUGUUCUCAAACGAGAACAAGCUUGUUACAACUUGGUGGCCAGAGGCCGUAAACAAAGUAUUCCCUAGUUCCCUCCAAACUAACUCUAGGGAGGAGUCUACGAAAAUGAGGAAACUCCUUCCUCAAUUUCUAAAGGCCGAGGCCUUACAAAGAUACGUUGGUAUCAUGGAUACCAUCGCCCAGAGACAUUUUGCCUCUGGGUGGGAAAACAAAGACGACGUCAUUGUUUUCCCAUUAGCCAAAAGAUAUACCUUUUGGCUCGCGUGCCACAUUUUUCUUAGUGUCGAGGAUCCUACCCAUGUAGCUCGUUUUGCUGACCCAUUUCGCCUCUUGGUUUCCGGGGUUAUAUCUAUCCCAGUUAAUUUCCCUGGAACACCAUUUAACAAGGCGAUUAAGGCCGCCGAGUUUAUUAGGAAGGAGCUCAUAUUGAUCAUUAACCAAAGGAAGAUUGAUUUAGCAGAUAAUAAAGCAACACCAACACAAGAUAUACUGUCUCAUAUGCUAACAAAAACAGAUGAAAAUGGGAAACAUAUGAAUGAAAUGGAUAUUGCAGAUAAAAUUCUGGGUUUAUUAAUUGGUGGACAUGACACUGCUAGUAUUGUCAUUACCUUCAUUGUCAAAUACCUUGCUGAACUUCCUCAUGUAUAUAAUGCAGUUUAUGAAGAGCAAAUGGAGAUUGCGAAAUCGAAAACGGCAGGGGAGUUGUUAACAUGGGAGGAUAUGCAGAAGAUGAAGUACUCAUGGAAUGUGGCUUGUGAAGUAAUGAGACUAAUUCCUCCAUUACAAGGAGCUUUUAGAGAAGCUAUGGCUGACUUCAAGUAUGCUGGUUUCAACAUUCCUAAGGGUUGGAAGCUAUAUUGGAGUGCCUACUCAACUCAUCGAAAUCCACAAUAUUUCACGGAACCAGAUAAGUUUGACCCAAGUCGGUUCGAGAGAAGCGGGCCAGCACCAUACACAUAUGUACCAUUUGGGGGAGGGCCAAGGAUGUGUCCCGGCAAGGAGUAUGCACGGUUGGAGAUACUAGCAUUUAUGCACAAUUUGGUGAAGAGAUAUAAAUUUGAGAAAAUAAUUCUUGAUGAAAAAAUAAUAGCUAAUCCUUUUCCUAAGCCAGAAAAAGGGCUUCCUAUUCGUCUCAUUCCACACAAUGUGAAAGUGUAGAUGGUCAAAGAAGCUAAGUGGUUAUUGCAAACACUUUUAUAGAUUAUUCUUGUGUAUCACACAAUGUGAUCAUGUGUUUGAGAUGAACUUUCUACUAGUUUUAUCAUUCAUUUGAUGUGUCUCU